ACGUCGACAAAAACAUUUCUAUCACUCUGUCAUAAAAUAAACAACCAAGUCCCUUUUGCAAAUAUAACUGUCUCGUUAAGCGUCUUUUUUUUUUCUGUCACUGGCUAGGCCUUGCUGUUCAUAUUGGCCUAGACACGAGACCCUCGAUCCGUCCACCCCCUCCUUCAGGUCUUAUUACGUUGACCUUUCUUCUCACACAAGACAACAUGGAAAACAACAUGGAAAUCGAUACAGCACGUUCUCCUGAGCCUCACAACCUCUCACCCAUUUCAGACCCAGCAUCUAUACCCACACUUGAUGGAUGGAUUGAGAGUUUGAUGAGUUGCAAGCAGUUGGCAGAGAACGACGUGCAGCGAUUGUGUGAUCGGGCCAGAGAAGUACUUCAAGAUGAGUCAAACGUUCAGCCGGUGAAAUGUCCCGUUACGGUUUGUGGAGAUAUUCAUGGACAGUUUCAUGACUUAAUGGAAUUGUUCCGUAUUGGAGGACCUAAUCCAGACACAAACUACCUUUUCAUGGGUGACUAUGUUGACCGUGGAUACUACUCUGUUGAAACCGUUACACUACUUGUUGCCCUGAAAAUUCGCUAUCCUCAACGCAUCACCAUCCUUCGUGGAAAUCAUGAAUCUCGCCAGAUCACUCAGGUCUACGGGUUUUACGACGAAUGUCUACGUAAAUAUGGAAAUGCGAACGUUUGGAAGUACUUCACCGACCUCUUCGACUAUCUCCCUCUUACCGCUUUGAUCGAGAACCAGAUUUUCUGCCUUCACGGAGGUCUCAGUCCAUCAAUUGAUACCCUCGACAAUAUCAGAUCCCUAGAUCGCAUUCAAGAAGUUCCUCACGAGGGUCCCAUGUGUGAUUUACUGUGGAGUGAUCCUGACGAUCGAUGCGGAUGGGGAAUCUCUCCUCGUGGUGCUGGUUAUACAUUCGGACAGGAUAUCUCGGAGGCGUUCAAUCACAAUAACGGCUUGACUCUCGUUGCACGUGCACACCAAUUGGUUAUGGAGGGUUACAACUGGUCUCAGGAUAGAAACGUUGUCACAAUCUUCUCAGCCCCGAAUUAUUGCUACCGCUGUGGUAACCAAGCUGCUAUCAUGGAGAUUGAUGAACACUUGAAGUACACAUUCUUGCAAUUCGACCCAUGCCCCCGAGCUGGAGAACCGAUGGUCUCGAGACGAACCCCUGACUAUUUCCUCUAAGCCACGACCGAAUACUACCUUCUUGAACAAAUGAUGAAUCACAUUGGUCUUAUACCCGGAGUCCCCUUGUCUUAAUUUACCUUUGUCCUACAUCACAAGUCAGUUCAAGUCGCUUGGCAUAUGAAGGGCUGUCUUUCUGGAAAUGUCGUCUAAGAAGGAACAACAGAAUUCUAAUGACCGACACAUGUGUGUGCGCAUUCUGGCUACUCGCUUAUCGCUGAUAUCAGGACUGAAAGGCGCGGCAGUUACUUACAUGCGCAACCACAUGCUUAUGUUUCUAUCCUAAUCGUUAGACCUAAUGAGAAAUCGAAUGUAAGAGUGUUUGGAAUUG